AUGCCCAGCAUUGCGCGCAAGGUUACCAUCACAGCUAGGAAAGAUGGGCUGGUUUUACAGCCAUUACCUUCCAAGGGCCAAAGGCAAACACCGCCAGUUAGGAUUUCAUACAAGAAUUCUGCCGUGGGACCUGUCCUGUCCAGUGCCAACCACGAUGGCAAUGGCGACCGGAAAAGUUUCGAGGCCUUUGGCAUAGUCGGCCUCCUCACAGUCGCCCAAACCUCCUACCUUAUCUCCAUAACGCGUCGCGAACAAGUGGCUCAACUGCACAACCACCCCAUCUACGUCGUGACAGAUGUUGCACUCACGCCUCUUGCCUUACAGAAAGACGCCGAAGCUUCUGUGGUGAGCACACACGCGUCGUUGUCAAGGAAUGCGACAUCUAAGCAAGAAGACGAAGGCGACAACAGCGAUGACGAGGCGGUCCUUUCGGGCCUCGGCAGCGACGACGUCGAGGAUGAGGAGAUCUCCACCAUAACUCCCCCGCCGGAAACGAGGUUACAUAAACGCUCCACAAGCGUGGUGAACGAUGUGUUUGCGAAGAAAGGCGGCUACGGCCGGUUUGCGCGAAAUUGGUUCAACAGGAACGGGUGGGCGCCGGACAGGAAGAUGGCGGGAGUUGGGUUGAGCAGUGCUGGUGUGGAUGCGGAGAGUGAUACUCAGACAUCUACUACGCCAACAACGCCCAUGGUAUCCGCAGCAGACAAUGCAGGGGAGGCAAAAGCGACAGAGGGUGGAGAGGAGAGUGGGCUUAAGGAUGAGCAUGUGGCGGCUCUGUUGCCUAAGCUGCUGAGGACGACGAGUUUGUUGUUUGGAUCGUCGAGGAGCUUUUACUUUGCUUAUGAUUAUGAUAUCACAAGGAGCGUCAGCAGUUCAAGGUCAGAGAAUGGGUCAGAUCUACCCCUUUAUGAGGAGGUUGACCCGUUAUUCUUCUGGAAUCGCAAUGUCAUACGGCCAUUCAUCGAUGCAGGACAACAUUCUCUCGUCCUACCGCUGAUGCAGGGAUUUGUGGGACAGCGGUCUUUCUCGAUUGAAAGAUACCCCGUUGCAAAACUGCCAGAGGCGGGUGGAGAAAUCCUAGAGCUGAGAGAUAUGCAUCCAAACGAAGAGAGGACUGCCCGCCCAACAUCAGACUGCCCAACCACGCCAAAAUACGUGGAAAGCGACUGUGAUGAUACCCCUGACGACAAGAAUUCGUCAGAUUUGUCGCCAAUAUCGGGUCACGAUCCUCGAGCUUUAGUCUUCGAACCUACAAGCACGUAUCUCCUGACACUCAUAUCAAGGCGGUCUGUUAAACGCGCAGGGUUGCGCUAUCUCCGCCGCGGAAUCGACGAGGAUGGCCACUGCGCCAACAGUGUCGAAACCGAACAGAUCCUCUCGACGCCUACAUGGACCACAUCGCCCAUAUAUUCAUUCGUGCAAAUCCGCGCCAGUAUCCCAGUCUUCUUCUCUCAAUCGCCAUACUCGUUCAAGCCCGUGCCUCAGAUGCAGAACUCUGAGGCUACAAACUUCGAGGCUUUCAAGAAGCACUUUGAGAUUUUGACAGAGAGAUAUGGCGACGUGACGAUUACGAACUUGGUAGAGAAACAUGAUAAUGAAGGUAUCGUUGGAGAUGCGUACGAGAAAUACUGGAAACGACUUAAUGAUGAAGGCGGAGUAAACGGCCAGAAGCCCCUAUUUGAGUGGUUCGAUUUUCACUCUGUAUGUCGGGGCAUGAAGUUUGAGAAUGUGUCGCUCCUCCUCGAUUCACUCUCUCCUUCCUUGGAAAAGUUUGGCUAUACCAUUUCUCGCGACGGGGACGCGAAGACUAGGCAGAGCGGUGUUCUGAGAACAAAUUGUAUGGAUUGUCUUGAUCGUACGAAUAUAGUGCAAAGCGCCGUUGCGCGACAAGUACUGGAGCAACAACUUAAAGUGGAAGGCUUCGAUAUGAGCGCUCAGCUGGAUCAGACAACGCAGUGGUUCAACGUGCUGUGGGCAGACAAUGGCGAUGCUGUGAGUAAGCAGUAUGCAAGCACAGCUGCGAUGAAGGGGGACUACACUCGGACCCGGAAGAGGGACUACAGAGGGGCUCUGACUGACAUGGGCCUCUCCAUCUCACGAUUUUACAGCGGAAUCGUGAACGACUAUUUCUCCCAAGCCACAAUCGAUUUCCUAGUCGGCAGCGUCUCUGCCUUGAUCUUCGAAGACUUUGGCACAAACCUCAUGACCGCCGACCCGUCUGUCUCCCUCUCCCGCACCCGCCAGCGCGGCAUUGAGACCUCCCACAGACUCGUCGUAGAGGACGCCUCGGAGGAGCUCCUCGGCGGCUGGGCCUUCCUUACGCCACACGAGGCGAACUCAGUCAAAGGGCACAUGGAAGAGAGCGUACUCCUCCUCACUGACGCAGCUCUUUAUGCCUGCCGCUUCGACUGGAAUAUGGAGAAAGUAGAGAGCUUUGAGCGAAUGGACUUGAGACAUGUGACUGGAGUCAAGUGGGGGCCGUAUAUCACUGCCACACUGACGAGGGCGCAGUGUGAUGAGAAGAGGAAUGUGGGGAUGCUGGUGAAGUAUCGUGCGGGUGCUGAUGAUAUCACCCGCGUUAAUACACGGUCGUUAUCUACAGUGGCUUCUAGGGAAAUGCUAGAUGGCGUGGCUGCAGCUGAGGCUGCGCCGGAUAAAGAGAAUCCGGCCGGGGAGAGAGGGAGAAAAUCAGGCGAGGAGCGGAUCAUUGCGCUCAAAGCUCUUCAGGCGCGGACAGCCGCUGUUGGAGACGGAGGGGCGUUAGCGGCGCCUGUGAGCGAGGAGGAGUUGAUCCGUAAUGUGGCGGAAGAGAUCGGACGGGUGGUUGGGAUUGAGGGGCGGGUGGAGAAGGGGGAUAUAGUGGGUGUUGGAGAAGCAAGGAGGGCAACCGGAUUACUGGAUUUAAUAGGGUGGAGGGUUAAGAGGUUGGUUUGGGCGUAA